UAAAGCUAAUAAUUGUGUCAAUUAGGGUUGAGUAAUUCAACCGGUUUGAGUUUAGUGUUGAAGGAGUUAAAUGAUCAAUAAUUAAAUCACGAUGAAGGAGAAAAUACGAACAUAAGUAACACUAAUAUUUAUCUAAAAAAAAAAGUGUCAAUUUUCUUGCCAACUUAGGUCAUCUUAAAAGCUUUAUAUGACUACUAUGAAAACACUCCAACUUCCAAUAUCUACUCAAAUUAGCAAAAUUAAUGGUGGAAUUGCUUGCUCUCAAGGAAUUUUUUUUUUAAAUUCUUUGAGAACUUGUACUGUUGAAUACAAUGCCCUCGUUUCAUGAAUAAGGCGGGGGUCCGUGUUAAAUGGACUUGAAUCUCACUCCAAAAAACUUUCUCAAAGGGUAAAGAUGUCCAAACACAUAUAUACAUCCAUACAACUUCAAUAGUCUAAAUCUGAUAGCAACGAUGCCAAAACUUGAGCAUCUUGGCAAUGUUGCAAAAUGAGAAAGAGGUGUUUUGUGAAAGAAAUUGACACGUAAAAUACAUUUAUUAUUUUUCUUGUUAAGACAUGUAAUUGGAGCCUGAAAAGGUUGGAACAGUUGAUACAUUAAUACCGCGUGCAUUGCAGAAAGACCCUAAUUUAAAACAGAGUUGAGUUGAUGACACGCACCUGGAAUGAUUGGCGAUCCCUUUUGUUUUAAAGGACCUUGAGUGUGGUUGCAAAGCAUGCAUGGUUUCUUUGGCUCUUUUCAGUUUUCACUAUGCUGCAUUAACAAACGACCUAUAAUUUCAGUUUCAAUCUCCUUAGUGACGGAAAAAUGGACUCCAAUGGCAAAGAAGAAAAUACCUCAAUUCGUAUCAACAGAUACACACUCCUCUGUGCUCUUCUCUCGUCAACCAACUCCAUUCUCCUCGGCUAUGAUAUUGGAGUUAUGAGUGGAGCAAGCAUGUUGAUAAAAGAAAAUCUAAAAAUCUCACGAAUUCAACAAGAAAUACUAGUAGGCAGCCUCAACUUGUGUUCCUUAAUCGGAUCACUAGCCUCCGGAAAAACCUCCGACACUAUCGGACGACGCUACACAAUCGUCUUAGCAGCAGCCACAUUCUUAAUCGGAGCUAUCUUCAUGUCACUUGCACCUUCCUUCCUUUUCAUCUUAACCGGUAGAAUGAUUGCCGGCAUUGGUGUUGGUUAUGCACUCAUGAUUUCACCUCUCUAUACGGCAGAACUCUCCCCCACCACCACACGUGGUUUCCUCACUUCGCUUCCUGAAGUAUUCAUCACUCUUGGAAUUCUCAUUGGUUAUGUAAUCAACUACGCUUUAACAGAUCUCCCUAUAAACCUUGGUUGGAGAAUCAUGCUUGCGAUUUCAGCUCUACCUGCGAUUUUAAUUGCUUUUGGUGUUAUUUUCAUGCCUGAAUCUCCUCAUUGGCUUGUUUUCAAAGGAAGAGUUUCUGAAGCCAAACGUGUUCUUCUUUCACUUUCAACUACUCCAGAAGAAGCUGAACUAAGGCUUCAAGAAAUAGUAAAAAACAAAAAUGAUUUGGCCCAUGGGCCUGGAAAUUGGAUUGGUCAAGGUGUUUGGAAAGAGCUUUUUUUAAGGCCCAGCAAGCCCAUUAAGCGUAUGUUGAUUUCUGCUAUUGGGAUUAAUUUCUUCAUGCAAGCAUCUGGAAACGAUGCCGUUAUAUAUUACUCACCGGAAGUUUUUAAAGCUGCUGGGAUUCACGGUAAGAAAAAGCUAUUCGGAGUUAAUGUGAUUAUGGGCUUGUCAAAGAGCUUUUUUGUUUUUCUUUCGGCGAUUUAUUUGGAUAAAUUUGGGAGGCGGCCUCUUUUGUUGAUUGGGUCGUUUGGUAUGGCUGUGUCGUUGUUUGGGCUUGGUUUCGGCUCAAAGAUUCUAGAGGGUUCAGGGAAGCCUGUUUGGGCUGUUGUGGUGUGCAUUGUAGCUGUUUGCGCUGAUGUUUCGUUCUUUUCUAUUGGGCUUGGGCCUAUUACUUGGGUUUAUUCUUCGGAGAUUUUUCCUAUGAGGCUUAGAGCUCAAGGUUCGAGUAUUGCAAUUUCAGUGAAUCGGUUGGUAAGUGGAGUGGUGUCUAUGACGUUCUUGAGCAUUUCGAAGAAGAUAACUUUUGGGGGAAUGUUCUUUGUGUUGGCAGGAAUUAUGGUGGCGGCUACCGGUUUCUAUUAUGUUUCUAUGCCAGAGACCAAAGGCAAGACAUUAGAAGAAAUGGAAACUCUCUUCGUUGAGGAUGAUGAUGAUAAUAAUAACAAUAAUAAUGAGAAACAGGGUAGUCACGAUAAGGGUGUGGAUAAAGGAGUUGUUUAGGGGAAGAAAUGUGUUGGUAAGUAUGCUCUUUGUACAUGUUAUAUAAUCAAUCUAUGUCAGUUACUAGCAAUUGCAUAUUUGAAUUUAGUUCAUUUAUAGCUAGACCAAUUGUAUUUGUGGAUUGAAGCAUUUACGAAAUUGUUCUUGAAACUACCAAUGUUAUGAGAAGGUGGCAUAAGCAAUUGAACCAUCAUAAAUUAUUUUAUAGGUCUCAUUGCAGUUCGUCCUCGUAUGACUCAUGCUUCGGUGCUUGUAGAUCUACAUCGAUUUUUUUUUUUUUUUCGGUGCUUGUAAUCUAAUGGUUGAAUCAUGGUCUUGUUUCUUGGAAGUUAAAAAACAGAUAGAUGAAAUUGUCUUGAGUAAACUAAGAAUAUGUUAUUCAUUAUUUCUCAUAUCUUCAGAGAAGACAAUCGUUGUGCCGACAACAUUGCUUCCGUUGGACUCCAAAAUAUAUGAUUUGUUUGGUGGUGGUGGUACUCUUUCCCUUCUUGUGUGUUCAAAACUUGUUUAACUAAAAUAGGUUAAAGCUUCUUGAUUAUCGUUUCUGCUAAUGCAUUUCAAAGGAUCAAUCUUUUGUUCGAUUUGCAUGCCAUUACUGUCUAAUGGGAUCAAGCUCCAAGCUACUAGUCUGCUCAUGUACUUGGAGAAGGGUGCAUAACAAGGAACCAUUGUUGAGGAAACCACUAAAGUUGCUGUCAUUCUGAAGGCAUAGAAGGGGAAAUGGAGACUACAAAAAGCUAAGUUACUCAUUCCUCAAAUAAAACACCUAGGCUUUGUUCACGACACAAAGUGUUUAGUAUGGUCAUAGACACAAGAUGGACAAUGGGUUAGGGUCCUUUCAGGGGUAUUGUUGCAAUUUGAAUUGUAGUAUUAUAUAUAUAUAUAUAUGCCUUGUAACAUUGUAAACUAUUAUUCAUUCAAGUGAUGUAUAUAUGCCUUGUACUUUGUAGUCGCAGAGAUAUGCACACUUGAUCGAAAUGCAUAAACAAAGACCGUGUUUAUUGCCUUA